CAAUGUCCGAUCUUGACAACUCUACGUCGGAGGGAACGGCUACCCAGACCGUUAACGGUGAGGUUAGUGUAAACUUCAACGGAUACAAACUCCCCAUUCUAUUCGAAUCCAAGGUUUGCUGACCUCCGUGCUGUUUAGUUUUCCCGAUCAUUCCUAUAUUCGGGCCUCCUCUCUGUUAUCGUGAACUGCCGGGCUGAUCAGUUGCAGGAUCUCAUGCUACCAUCCAAAAUACGAAGGCCGACUUUUCGGGCCUUGCCAACUCCGCAUCCCCUCAGGAGAGUGAUACCGCCGACAGUGAUCAGCCCCUCACCCACUACCACAGCUUCUUCUAUGAUCUUUUCACCGUUUGUCUCUCCGUCCCCAUCUCCUUCGUGCCCCGGGUGUUUUUCCCCACCCUAUCCCUUGCUGACGUAAAUGUGCAUCAUUUCCUCUAGUGGAAAUUUCCACGUGCAACCGGAUUCUUCUUUUCCUUUGCGAUUUCCCUCAUUUUAGCCUUCCGUUUUGUCAAUGUCCUUCGCUAUGUUUUCAAGGCCACCUACCUCCUCUUUUUUGGUGAGUUUUUUUUUUCCCUCCCCUUGUCCCCCUACACUUCACCACCCACCCCUUUGACGGAUGGGCUUGCGUGAGUUGGCUCGAGUGUUUCAGAAAGGUAUCGGGGUUGACAUGAGGCACAUAACGGAUAGGUGUGGCUUUUCUGGAAAUUGCCGCUAGACCCUUUGGCGUGAGAGGAUUUAUUUCGUCCGUCCGGCCAAAGCGGUAUUACACUAUUCCGAGGGACUCGCUCGACCGUCUAUUUGGGGAGCUUCAUGAUCUCUUGAACUUUUUCGUUCUCGAAUUCCAGAGGGUCCUGUUCGUUGAGAAUAUAUUUGCUACUGUUGUUGUGCGUAAUCUGUCUCUCCCCAUUCCAGGGUACCGGGCUCUGUUCCUGACAACAUAUUCUGUUUCCGUUGCAGGCGUUCUUCGCUUCGUUCAUUGGAUAUUUCCUUAUCAAGUACAUUCCAUUCUGGGCCUUGUUGCUUCUUAGUAGGUUUCCCCAUCAUGGCCAUUCUGCCGCGUCUUUUAUCAGCACCCGUCGAGGGUUAGGCUAACGGUCUUUUGUUCCCAUCGCUAGCAACCAUUACCGCUUUUACUGCCCCCUUGAUAUAUCUCCAGAAUCAGGAGGUUAUCGAUGAACAGAUUCAAUGGGCCAAUGAAUACGCCAAUGCCCAAUUGGCCAACGGUCGUCAGAUUGCCGAAAAGUACAUCGACGAUGCUAGUGUGCGCGCCCGUGCCACUGCUACUGAACUCACCCAAAAGGUUCAAAGCUACGCCGUAAAGAAGUCCCCUACUACAGAAAAAUCGCAGGCAUCCCCACUCCCCAAGAACGACGGUCCCGCCCAUGAAUUCCCUGAUGCGCCCAAGUCCGAUCUUCCAACGGUCGAUGGCACGAGUGAUGUUAAGGCUGCUGCUCCUGAGCCUAUAGUUGCAUAAGUUGUUUGGGGAUAAAGUCCUCAUCCUUCGAGGGGUUUGGGUGGAUGUCGAGCGUUGGACAGGGGCUGGGCGACAUUCAAUGGGCAAAACUGAUAUUGACACUCGAAAGUCCGAUUUCUGAGUGGGCGGUACGAAAAACAAAAGUUUGGGGGAUAUUGGUGUAUUUUUCUUUCUCGUUUUCUCUCCUACCUUUUUCCUUUUUCCUCCCAAGUUUUUCUGUGAAAAUCUCGUGAACGUGAAUGCUAUCGGGAAUGGUUGAUCUGAGGCCUAAGAAGGCCUGUCACGUUGUUCCUUCUAUUUAUUAUACUGCAUCAUCUCUUUGUUACGGUGCGCUCUUUGUUACGGUGCGCUGCUUUGGUGGCAUUUGAUGGGAAUCGAUUCGGAGGGAGCAUCCGUCUUUUAUCUCGGGCUUUUGAUUUCAGCUUUGGUCUUUGGGAUGCUGCGCUAGUCGUCGUUGGAGAGCUGUCUACCAUAUUCACAAACUCGCUGUCUGUUGUUGCUGUUGGCUUUUCCUUCCCUACCUGCCUCAAUAGCUUCUCGUACUGUGGUAGCCUGGUAAUGCAGCGCUGUUGACAC